CAUACAUUCAAUCUGACGUUUACGUAUAAAGUGAAAACAAGUGUGAACAAUGAAAGUGAAGAAUUGACCAUUAUGUUUAGUAAAAUUAUUGAAAAUUAGAGGGAAAAUUAAUCUCUUUACAAUCAAAAUGGUGGAAUAAAGUCGAGAAACAUUGUUUCGAAUUUUUGAAUAAAAAAAAAACAGAUAAAUCGCAGAAUGUCUAACUCCAAGUCAAUUUCGUCAGUCGACGAAAAGUGGAUACAUAGUUUUGCUGUGACUGACGUGUGUUUACACCCAAAAAAGUUUACCGUUUAUAAAAUAACCUCAGUGGUCUUUCCAAUUGAAAUCCCAGAAGCACUCACAUGUCUCACAGUAUGGAAACGAUUCAACGAUGUAAAGGCAUUGUUGAAAUUUGUUAAGAAACGCCACAAGGACGAACGCUUAAAUGGAAUCGUACCAACGUUGAAUAAUCAUACAUUUUUUAAACGUUUCGAAGCCGACGUAAUUACUGAACGAAAACUCUUUAUAAUUCGAUUACUUGAUUUUAUCGGACAACAUCCGGUGCUAUAUAAAUCCAGUGUAUUUCAAGAAUUCUUUGCAACAAGUCAAACGAUGCCGAACGAUGAAAACCUUCAAUUCGAAGCCGACGACAUUAAAACUGCAAGUGAAGACACAGUGGAUUGUGCCAGUAAAAUUCUAGUGGAUCCAGAUGAAACGCCAAUUCCAUCAACCUCAUCAUCGUUGAACGAAUCGUUCGAAUCAAGUUCGAUAUCAACACCAAUUAUCGAUUCACCGGCUGAGAAUUCGGAUGAUGGUUAUAAGGCGUCAUCGGAGAAUGAUAUCAUCAUCACUGAUUCCAUUAAAAUAAGAUCAAGUUCGUCAGAUCAAUCAGCUGCUAUUCUAACGAGACAGUAUUCAAAUGGCGAAUAUGUAUUUCGAGAUCCAAUUGACACACCUUGUGUCCCAAACCAAAGAAAAGACUUGUCAAAAUUUAAAGUUUUAAAAGCAUUUGAUAAGGUGAUGCAAGUUCAAGACCUAACCACAAAACAAACUUAUAUUAUGAAGUCAAUUGAUAAAAUAUUCAAUGAACCCGAAGAAUUUUACUUGCCCACAAAUUUUCCAUUUAUGGUGUCACUGGUAGCUUAUUACAUAUCUGAUUCAAAUGUCUACCUGCUUCUAGAACAAGCGACAGGGGGAAAAUUGUACGAUUAUAUACGAUCGUAUAACCGUCAUUCAUCGUCGUCAUCACGGUGUAAAACCCAAACAACAAAAUCCAUACCGAUCAAAUUUAAAACAGUUAAAAGUAUUUUUAAAAGCAAUCCGAUAUCAAUACCUGAUACACCUGUUGCCAAAGUAAAGACGUCCGAUGCCAAAUCAUCUAACGACGAAGAAGAUAGUUUUAGUUUCUAUGAUCUACUUCAAUCCUACUAUGAAGAUGUUCCACUUGACAAUUCAUCAAUAUUGAAAACCACUGCAUUUGAGAGUCCAGAAGCAUUUGAUGAAGCUCCUCAUUUCAAUUUAAUUGCAAAUGACUUGGAUGUAAACAAUAUUCUAAAUUGUUCUCAGAAACUAUUGAAGUCCGUGUCUACGACAUUGAAACGAGUCCAAAUCACUACAGAGCCAAAUUUAUUGUGCAAUGAAAUUCUCUCAAAAUCUAGUAAUUCCAUCGAAAGCUUGAAUCAAAGCCACGAUGAGACUCAUGAGAAGGACGAUGUUUAUGUGAAUAUAAUAUCGCCGACUUUAAGCGCAACAAAUAGAAUUGACAAUUAUUUUGAUAAAUUUAAAUUAUUCGAAGUAAAUCAACUUCCAAGAGCCAUAAUAAAGAAAUGGUUUCGAGAACUUAUUUUUGCGGUAAAACAUUUACAUGCGAAUGACAUUAUUUGCUACGACUUACAGUCACAUAAUUUGUUACUGGGCAAAAAUGGCGAGAUCUUACUUUCGUAUUUCUAUCGGCGAGAGUUCAAUCCGUAUAUCUUUGGCGAAGACAUGCAUCAAACAAGCUAUCCCAUUGUAUACAUUGCGCCCGAGCGACCGUUAACAUUACAAUCGGAUGUUUGGAGCAUUGGUGUCAUAUUUUAUGAGCUUCUCACCGGUUAUUCGUUUCAAUCGUGUCAUCCAGAUGGAAUUUUAUCGUAUUUCGAUAUUCAAUAUCCCGAGAACGUCGAAUUGGAUUCAAACAGCAAGGAUUUAGUUGAAGGGAUGCUACAAAUUGAUCCUGUCCAACGAACCAAACUCGAUGAAAUCGAAGAACAUCCAUUCUUCAUAAGCAUUUAAUUUGUGGAGCAAAUUGAAUCAACUAGUCAAUACAAUAGCUUUAAUUCCAAAAUUUUAAGAAAUUUUUCAAUUCGAUUCGUAUGAUUUUGUUCUAUUCGACAAAUUGUACUUAGACAUUCCCCUUAACUGACUGAAUUAAUUCAAAAUUUACUGUGUGGCAUAUUGGUAUUACAAAAACACCUACAACACAUAAUUAUUUAUACGUAUACAAAGACCAUGAUAUCAGCACAAUUAUACAAACAAAUAAAAGAAUAA